UUCAUCUGGAAACACUGGUUCAUCAAAAUGGACAUCGCUUCACUAAUGACAGCUGUACUGACUCUCGGUCUGGUUUCAUUGACCUUGUCAACAACCCAACCUCCAACAGGUAUUCCUACAACCCUUCCACCCACCCAUGCUGCACAAGGAUAUCCUCAAGGACCGGAGGCUACAGUAGGUGAGCCAGAUGAUAUGGAGCUAAUCACUGAAGAACUUGAGGAAUUGAACGAGAGCCACAAACAAUUGAACAAUCAACAGGAGCAACAGACACAUCAUCAUCAAGAGCAUCAAAAUCAACAGCUUCAGCAACAGCAGCAGCAGGUUUCAAUGCACCAGGAAAUGCUUCAUCAGCAGCAGGCCUGUGGAAGAAGCUGCUGCGGGUUCCCAGGAAUGCCUGGGAUCCCAGGAACACCAGGACACAACGGUCUACCAGGAAACCCUGGCAUCAAAGGAGAACCCGGCAUGAAAGGGGACGGCGGGAACGGGGGCCAGCAGGGAUUGGUUGGACGCCGUGGAUCCAAGGGACCAAAGGGUAAUAGAGGACCUGAAGGUCCACCGGGAAUGAAAGGAGAUAAGGGAGACUUUGGAGGAAUAAAAGGUGAUCCAGGAGAAAGGGGCAUACCAGGAGAACCAGGCAUGAAAGGACUACGCGGACCCAGAGGCCUUCCAGGGAUCCAAGGACCAGCAAAUCACGCACUUCCUCCAGAACUUCGCGUAGCUUUCACCGUAAUCAACGCCACCCGCUUCCCAACAGCCAACACACCUAUUGUCUUCCAAACAAUUGUCAGUAACUCCGGAGAAGGCUACAAUCAGGACACUGGCAAAUUCACCUGCAAGGCUGCGGGGCUUUACGCCUUCACUUUCCAAUUUUUCGGUGGAUACCACAAUUUUCGAGCGGAAAAGGCCAGUCUUAUAAAAAACUAUGAAACUGCUUUAACGGCAAUGUCCACAGUGGACUCGAGACUGGGAAACUUUGCAAUUCUUGAUUUAGAGGAAAACGAUGAUGUCUGGGUGCAAAUCACAGAAAAUAGAGACUUUGGACCAUCUAACUAUAAUUCCUUCACUGGAUUUCGUCUAUACUGAUUUUGUGAAUUCUCUUUGAUGACACAAAGCACAAAUAUGUAUCUUUAAUCAUUCUCUUCCUCAAAUAUCAAGCAUUCACUCUCAUGUUGUGAAUUAUGGCAAUAUUUUCAUUCUCUUUCUUUCUUACCUCGUGUAGAAAUCUCAUGAUGUAACUGCAAGGAAUGUCAUAAGAAGGUUGUAGAUUUAAGUUAUGUUUGUUACUUUGAUUUAAAGAAGUUACACAAUAAUGAUAGGAGUUGGUUUGUUCUUUUUGCUACUGAAUGUCUUGCGCAAGUAAAUUUGUAUAUGAUUUAUUUACCACAUCAGUUUAUGAACAAAAUUAAAGCACGCUCUGCUCAACUAUAUUUAUUUUCUAUCCUUUUUUACAUGUUAUACUAGCUACAUGCAAGUAAAUAAAACUGACUUAAAUUUAAAAACAACUUUCAACCUCAUUGAAUUCUUGAUAGAUGCUGAAAAGAAAAUUACUUUCUUAACUUGCAAUAGUUCUUUUGAAGAUGUUACUGUAACAAGUAGAAGCCAAUGUUUUAUAGUUCAUAGAUCUUGUAUAUAGAAAACUAAUCUGACUACAGCCAUCUUGAUUUCCAUUGUCCCUGAUUUUAUGAUCAUCUUUCAAUUGGACUCUUGAAUAAAUGUAUAACUGUUGAAUAAGUGUAACAUAGUUCAUUUUUAAUUUUUCACAUUAUUUAUGGAUUCAUGUAUUUAAUGUUUUUUUAUACACCAAACAUGUAUAUAAUCUUUAUCUUGUUAUAGUAGGAUCGCUGGUUAGAAUGUCAGUUAGAUGUUAAGAUUUAAAAAAAGAAAAGAACUUUGGUAAAUCAUGUUGAAAACAGCCAAAUUUGAAUUCAAAAUGGCAAUACUGAUAUAAAAUACAUCAUUUCUACACUUCAAUGGAAUACAAUAAGCGAUAUGAUUUAAAAUGAUGAACCCUUUUUAAUUUCAAUGAUAAUUUAAAAUAAAAAGGACCCCAAAAAUAAUCUGCAAGUGCUAUUCAUUUUUCAACACUUGUAAAAAGAGAAUGUUAGUUUGUCUCGGAUAAAAAUAUUUAACAACACUUUCUUCAUAAAACUCUUGAAUAAUGUUAUUUACUGUUGCUUUGUAAUUUUUAACAAUGUCAUCUUAGACUUUUGAAUAAUUUGCAGAAGAGAGAACAUGUGAAGAGUUUAGGUCCAAAAGGUACCAAUUCCACUUUUAAAGGAAAUUGAGGUACCUGUUUUUAACAAAAGUUUGAACAUGUUUUUUUCUUCUUCAAAACUAUCUCAGCCAUUACUUUAUAAUGCAUAGAGAAUUUUGGUUGUUAUACAACAUAAAGGAAAAGGACUGGUGCAUGGAAGGUCUCUUCAUUCAAUACAAUAUAAACCAAUAAAUGAUAUCCAAAUGUGUGGAAUAUGUUUUCCUUUAGA